UCUUUCUUUCUUUCUUUUUCUUUUUUUUUUUCCCCCCUUUCCUUUGCUUAGAGAUAAACCUUCGUGUUAGAAACCCUUUUUUUCCUGUCGUGUACAGUAUAUACAUGCAUUUUAAUGGCGGGCCUGCUGUCUCUGGUGUUUCCUUUCACUCCUAUUCCUGCAUUCGCUGUGCAUUUUCCUUUGUCUUGUCGAGUCAGUCGAGUCGAUUCGAGUCGAUUCUUGUGUUGAAAAUUUGGGCUUUUGUUUUGUUUUGUUUGUCUUUGCUCACAGCAUGGCGUUUUUUGGGAGUUUGA